AUGAUCGUCUGUCGUGUCUGGAUUGUCCUCGGAACCCCGACUUCAUCCCAGGAAGCUUGGCACCCUCCACUUCAGUUAAACCAUCCCUGUACCAUACCUCGACACAUCACCCCCUGCCCGGCAUCGUAUCGUACCGCACCACACCACACCACACCACAACCCGUUCGUCCUCGUGGACCGGGUCGAGAACGCCUUUGCCGACUUUGUCGACUCCCACAACCACGGUCUCGGGCAAAUUCAACCACCUUCGUUGACCGCUUCUUCCAACUCGAAGAAGAGCUCGGCUGUCUCAUUGACCCUGUUGGUUUUCUAGCACGGCUUCCAACGCCCAUCCUCGAUUCCAUCAACCUCAGCUGCGACUCGAAACACGUUACUUCAGGCAUAUCGCCGUCCUUCUGCGUCUUCUCCCUCUACACUACACACCACGGCCGACCCUUCUUCGAAGCUCUGCCUAAGCUCGCUCACGCUUGUGCCCGCUGGAACACAACCAGGGACUCCGUCCGCGAGGCAGCCAAUCGCUGCCGUUCUUCCGAAGACCAUAGACCAGGCGUCAGCCAAUUGCCCGGCAUCGUAACCGGUGAUCUCAACAAGGUCGUGAAUGGCUAUCGUUGCAUGACACCUGCAACCAAACCGCAGCAACUAUCGGAGAGUCCCCAGACGUUAAAAGUCGCUCAGCCAUCCAGCCAGAGACAACGUCUCAGGACAGUCUCUAAGUCUUCAAAGUCUCAUCCAGCCAUGCCAGGAACAUACCCUCAACCCAUCGUGCCCAAUGCGGCUGUCAAGAGUAGGCACCAACAUCUACCCGACACAAACAUCGCCAACGUUAGUGAGUCUCUGGACCUGUCUCAGCCAACAGUCGUCCCACCGUCCAAUCCCACUGCUAACAAUAUUUGCUUUCAGGUCGAACAGGGAGACAACAUGAACGACUCUUGCUACCUGAGCGGCGCUACCAAAGUUACUGAACUCACUGAAGGCUAG